CGUCAGACGGCUGGUGUAUGCGCGCACUCUGAGGCUAUGUGGAGAGUAGUGAUGAUGUCGGAGGAGGUUGGUAAGAAAGUGCAGGCGGUGGUGGAGCGGGUGAAUCAAGCGGUUUCCCGACGCCCGAAGACGUUACCAUGUAUACCUCCACGACUGGUUGCAGUUAGUAAGACAAAACCACCAGAAAUGGUGGUGGAGGCUUACAAACAUGGACAGCGAAACUUUGGAGAGAAUUACGUAAAUGAGCUUGUUGAGAAGGCGUCCAAUCCCCAGAUUUUGUCGUCAUGUCCUGAAAUAAAGUGGCAUUUCAUUGGUCAUCUGCAAAAGGGCAACGUCAACAAACUCCUGGGUGUCCCAAACCUGUAUAUGGUAGAGACGAUUGACUCGGUGAAACUGGCUGAAAAAGUCAACAGCUCAUGGCAAAAAAUGAGAGCGGCCAACACACAGAGGUUAAAGAUUAUGGUUCAGAUCAACACCAGCGGAGAGGACAGUAAACAUGGCCUGCCGCCUGAUGAGACUGUAAACAUGGUUAAACACAUUACAUCUCAGUGUCCAGCUCUUGAUCUCGCCGGGCUCAUGACGAUUGGCCGUUACGGUUAUGACCUCAGCGACGGCCCCAAUCCCGAUUUCCAGCUGCUUUUGCAAUGUCGUGCUAAAGUUUGCGAGAAUCUGAAGAUCCCAUUGGAGCAGGUUGAGCUCAGCAUGGGCAUGUCUACUGACUUUGAACAUGCGAUCGAGGUUGGAUCCACCAACAUACGCGUUGGCAGCACCAUUUUCGGCACUCGCGAAUACCCCAACACCCCAAGCCCCAGCCCGGAGAAAAAGCCAAAGGUCGUAUGUGAGGAAGCUGCUAGAAAAAUGGACCGGCUUACAGUCACAGAGCAAUGAAGGAUGGGGAAAACAGGUUUCUAAAUGAACAAAAUAUGGGACUUCUUGGGUUUCUUCCCAAUGACUGGGCUAACCAUUCACCAGUCAAGGGCCUUUAAUAAGUCUUAAAUAAUGCUACCAACCUUCUGUGGCAAGAAAGAAGCGCAAUUUAUUAACUGGAAUACUAAAUUUGCUUCCUGAAGGUGUUUUUAUUGUCGAAAGAUCUCCAGAAGUGUCCUCCAGCCCUGUGUAAAAUACUUGUCAGAUUUGCUAAAGUUUUGUUUUCUAACAGAUACAGGGUCAGCACAUGCUCCGUUUCGUUGUGCCAAUCGUAGACGUGAAGUAUAAUUUCUGUCAUUUCCGUUAAGUUAGACGACGUUUGCGGCCCAUUUCAACCUUUAAGUGAAACUGUAGAGUGUAUUAUUUUUGUUCCUAGAAGUGUGUAGGUAUAUUUUAUAGUCUAAUGCGUAUCGUUGAGUUCGAAAUCAUGUAAAUCAGGAGUGUCAAGCUCAGAUCCUGGAGGGCCGCAGCUCUGCAUAGUUUAGUUCCAACCCUGCUUCAACACUAUUACCUAUAGGUUUCAAACAAGCCUGAAGUGCUCGAUUAGUUUGUAGUGUGUUUAAUUAGGGUUGGAACUAAACUGUGCAGAGCUGCAGCCCUCCAGGAACUGAGUUUGACACCUGUGAUGUAAAUAAUAUAAAUAACACAUUUUAUAGUGUUGCUUUAAGGGGUAGUUCACCCAAAAAUUAAAGUUCUGUCAUUAUUUACUUGUUGCAAAUCAAUUUGAGUUUUUAUUUAGUUCUGUUUAACACAGAGGAUAUACUGAAGAAUGUUAAAAAGAUGUAAACAUUGACACACACACAGUAGAACAACAAAUACUAUGGAAGUCAGUGUUUACAGGUUUUCAACAUCCUUCAGUACAUCUUCUUUUGUGUUCAACACCAAGUAAAUGCUGACAGAAUGUUCAUUUAUAGGUGAACUAUCCCUUUAAGUAUCCACUUGUCGUCAAUGAGACGUUUCAGGACUGAUGUGUGUGCGUUUGUGUGUGUGAUGAUGUUGUAACAUGUAGUAUUUCAUGUCCUUUAAAUGACUAGCGUCGAAUUUGGUGCCGAUUUGAGAACAGAACAUAGAAAUGCAAUGAACAUAAGCCGAGACAUGAACAGGUGUUUGGUGUUUUGGAGGAGUUGAGGGUUCGAGGCCUUUUACUAUGCAAGAGAGAGAUCUUAGAUGCUUGUUUAGAGGCGUUCAUAUUUUAAGUUUGGAUUAAUGCAGUGUUCAACUAACGGGUUUGCUGUUUGUGCUCCAAAAUCAAAUUUUUUUUUUGUUGUUGUUUUUAAUCCGUGUGUUAAAUAACAUCUUGUAUUGUUUUGUCAAUAGAUAGAUGCAUAUUAUAUUUCAUUGAUUUAGGCGAGUCGAGGAAUAAAAUGAAAAUUAAAUUAAA